GGUUACAUCACUGUUCUGCUUCUGCUGAAGUUUACUGACUGACUCGUUGGAGAAAGACUUCUCUGUGAUCCAGCUUCAGCUGACUUGUUUGGGGAGGUGGACUGGUUCUGCUGCUGAGGUGAUGAGUGUCCCGUCAUUCCUGUCAGUGAGCAUGUCAGCCAACAUGUUUCUGAUUGUCCUCUUUGUGCCAGGGGCUCGGACUCAGUGCCCUGAACGGUCAGAUCUCUUCAUCACUUCACCUCAGAGGAUGGAGGCUCUGAAUGGAUCUUGUUUGCUGAUCCCGUGUAACUUCAGCGCUAGAUAUAAAGAAGGGAUUGAAAAUCAGUUUGUCAGCACAAGAGAAACAUUUGGACUGUGGGCUAAAGACAAUACAAACAAUUUGGUUUUUAACAGUAGUGGGACAGUUCUCAAAUAUCCAAUCAGCAUAACUGGAGACCUGAAGGAGAAAAACUGCACCACUCUGUUCUCCAACGUAGAUGCAACAUUUAAAGGCAUUUACUACUUCAGGAUCAUGAACUGGCCAUUCAGGGCAACAGGUGUCUGUGAUCCUCUGACCAUAACAGUGAGAGACUCCCCUCACAGACCGAGCAUGGAGAUCCCAGGAGACCUGAAGGAGAAGGAGUCUGUCACUAUAACCUGCUCAGCUCUCACUCCCUGUCCACACUCUCCUCCUAAACUCACCUGGAGUCUCCAAAGAGACUCUCUCAACAACAUGGAGGAAAACACAGAUGGAACCUUUACAACUCAAAUCCAGGAGAGCAUCACUCUGUCAGAGCACCAUGAUGGAUACAACAUCACCUGUUCUGCCACAUAUCCUGUGAAUGAAGGCAGAGAUGUGAGGACAGCAGAGGAGACAAAGACUCUCAGUGUUUCAUAUGCUCCUAAAAACACCUCAGUGUCCAUCAGUCCAUCAGGUUUGGUGUCAGCAGGUACCCUGGUUAACCUGACCUGCUCCAGCAGAGCCAAGCCUCCUGUCAGCAGGUUCACCUGGUUCAGGAUCAGCAACAACAGACCUGUGAUGGUAUCUGAGGGAGAGUCUUACAGCCUUAAUGUGACUGAAGGAGGAGUUUAUUACUGCAUGGCCACAAGUCAUCUUGGUAAUCAGACGUCUUCAAGGAUUCAUUUGAGUACUCCAGGUUUCCUCAUCUGGGGCUCAGCUGUUGGAGGGAUCAUUGUCAUCACACUCAUCUGCCUUGCUGUCUGGUUUUGGUGGUUCAAGUCCAAACAUCAAGGUCCUCAAGCGACUCAGAGUCAAAGAGAUGAUACGCUGACUCUUCAACAGCCAACAAGCCAAUCAGAGGACAGCAUCCAUUAUGGAGAGAUCCACUUCUCUGUGAGGAGACCUGAGCCUCUCUCUGUCUUGGUGCAGGACAGUGGACAGGAACAGGACUCAGUGUACGCACAGGUCAAAGUGUCCCAGCCAGCAAGCAGCCGAACACAGACUGAUGACAGCAGCCCAGAGGACCUCUACGCUCAAGUGAAGAAACAAUAAUGAUUGAA